ACAGCAGCUAGCUCCAUCCCAAGCUCACCACCUCAAAACACUCGAGCUAGCAGCUAUAUAUCGGAGAUGGCGAAGCUCAGCGCCGCCGUGCUAUCUCUGUGCGUGGUUCUCGCCUUCCUCGCCGGGCAGUCGGCCGCCGGCCGGUACUACUCGGACAAAGUCCAGGACAAGGUGAGGAAGGAAGUGGAGAAGGCCAUGGCGUACAACCCCGGCCUCGGCGCCGCCCUCGUCCGCUUGGUGUUCCAUGACUGCUGGAUCAAUGGUUGUGAUGGAUCCGUGCUCCUCGACAAGACGCCAACCGACGGCACCAACACCGAGAAGAAGGCGGUCACCAACAUCGGCCUCGCCGGCUUCGAGGUCAUCGACACCAUCAAGCAGAAGGUCGGCGCCAACACCUCCUGCGCCGACAUCCUCGUCUUCGCGGGGCGCGACGCCGCGGACAUCCUCAGCGGCGGCAAGAUCUUCUACAAGCUCGACGGCGGCCUCAAGGACGGCGUCGUCUCGUCCGCCGCGGCCGCGGACGCCAACCUCCCCGAGUCCACCUUCGACUUCACCGAUCUGCAGAACAACUUCGCCGCGUCCGGCCGCGGGUUCACCGUCAAGGAGCUCGUCGCGCUCUCCGGCGCGCACUCCAUCGGCGUCGCGCACCUCUCGUCCUACCAGGACCGUCUCGCCGCCGACGCCACGCCCAUCGACUCCGACUACCAGUUGGCGCUGAACAAGACGACGCCCCUGGAGUUGCUCAAGAAGGGGCAGAACCCGACGGUGCCCAACAACCCCCGCGACGCGAGCGCCGCGUUCCAGAAGGACGCCGCCUACGACCCCGUGACGCUGGGGGUGAGCCCGACCAGGAACGUCCUGGACAACAGCUACUACCACAACAACCUCGAGAACAAGGUGCUAUUCAAGUCCGACUGGGUGCUGCGCACGGACGGCGUCGCCGCCGGCAAGCUGCAGGAUUACAAGGACAACGCGGCGAUGUGGAACUCCGACUUCGCCGCCGCCAUGGCCAAGCUCAGCGGCCUUCCCCCCCAGGGCAAGAAUUUGGAGAUCAGGAAGAACUGCAGGUUCACCAACCAGCAGUACUACUACUAGACCAAGCUAGCGCUUGCUUUAACAACGGAAUGAAUGGCGCCAAUAUAUAGCUGCAUCCAUCACAACUAUAUCUGUGUUCACUAGCGUUUACCUUCCCUUCAAUACAUGAAUUAAUUUUAACGGUUUAGUACUUACAGUGUAUAUGUUGCAUUGCACGACAAACUGUUUUAUAGGUCAUCUGAUGUAUUUCUAGUUAAUGAAAUAAAUAGUCCUCUGAAAUAAGCGGAUUGAUAUAUUAAUGAGAAUUUUCUA